AAUCCAAUCCAGUCGAUCUGGCGCGAUUUGUGUAUCCAAUGUAGUGUAUGUUUGUGGUUUGGAUUGAGGUCGUCUGGUCGAUUUGGUUGAUUCAGUCGAGUCACAAGAACACUAGCGUUCGAUCUGCGUGUCACUGCUUUCCCCGAUGGAACCACGGACCACGGGAACCGUAAAUCCGGCCACUGUUGUCGGAUCCUGUGGGGGGCGGACGUCGCGGCAUACUACCUCGGUUUCCGGCUCUUCCGACCAGGGCUCGGAAGGCACGAGCUCGAAAUUUUCAAACGGGGAACCGUUGGACGAACAGGCAAUCGAUGAAAAGAUCGAAGCACUGCACCGGCAGCAAGCCAAGCCACCCAUCAAGGAGCCCAAGCGCGUCAAGCCGUCCGACUUUGGGAGGCUCUCCAAAAACGCCUGCAGUGAAGGCAUGACGAAGCUACUGUUCUCCCUCGCUAAGAUCCAAGUGGACGACAUCCCCGAGCGUGUUCCGAACGAAACUGAUCGCCUUGUCCACUCCAUAUCGGCGUCCCUGGACGCCCUUUUUCGGCUCCAGAAAAGCGCCGAGACUCUACGCGAGCUCACCGAGUCAUCUUCCACGCGUCACGAAGACUUCAUGCGUCGGCUGGAUGAACUCGUAUUUGCGCUUCCGUGCUACCUCGAAAACUAGCCGUCCGUGCGAGCAGGUCUAGUUGCUUUCGGUUUCCUUCGUGCCGUCUGCAAACGGUUGAGGACUUGCGCCUUCUGGCUGGUUCGCACAUUUGUGUUUAAUUGCGACACACUCCGUUAUGACUAGGGAUGCCGCAAACCUGCCAGGUUCGAGUUUCGUUGACUUUUCCAAACUUUUAUCGCAAGGUUCGACAAAGGUUCCUCAAAAGUUAGACUUUUAUACGCAUAUGUGCGAAAAUCUGAAAACGAGCCGACGCCACUUGGCAAAGGAAAAGGGCCACAUUUGUCGAAGUCAACAGACUAAUUAAAGCUUUAAGGGAGCACUAACACCCCAAA